AUGGCCCAAUCCGGACCAGACCCUGCGCCCGAGGCGCCGCGUUCGUCCCGCGACUCUCUCUCCUCCGUGUCGACAACGAGCCUCGUCUUCGAUCGUCUGCACGAAGAGAUGGAAAAGAGCUCGGGAAAGCGAAAGUCCAACGGCAAGCAUCGCCUCAAUGGCGACCGGUACAAGGAGGAAGCCGACCUCGAGGACGAUCCCUACGCUGUCGAGACGGGCCCGUUCCUGGGUGAGUCUGGGGCGUCCCUCCAGCGCAAGCCCAUGGAUCGCAGCUUGCGCAGGAUCCUCUGGAUAGUCGGCGUCGUCUUCGUCAGCGGUUGGUUCGUCGCCCUCGGCGUCUUCCUUGUGUCUGGGUCCUACAAGCAUGCGAGCGACUCGGACCACGACCCCGAUGCCAACAGCCGCGGCUCCGGCAAGGUCGUGACCCUGGAUCAGGUCCUCUCGGGCUUCUGGUCACCCAGUUCACAUUCUAUAAGCUGGAUCGCGGACCCCGACGGCCAGGACGGGCUCCUGCUGGAGCAGGGAGCCGCCGACAAAGACUACCUCGUCGUCGAGGACGUCAGGACCUUGGCCCAAGAUUCCAUGCCACGAGAUGGCACCGCCAAGCCGGAGAAUUCAAUGACCUUGAUGAAGACGGCGUACUUCGAGUAUAAAGGCAAGCCGCGCCGGCCAGAGUGGCUCAAGCCGAGCCCUGACCUCUCAAAGGUCCUCCUUGGCGUCGACAAGGAGAAGAACUGGCGACACUCAUUCACUGCUUCUUACUACAUCCUCGACGUUGCCUCCGGCAAAGUGGAGGCGCUGCAUCCCGACAAGGAAAACGCAAAGGUGCAGCUCGCGACCUGGAGCCCGCGAAGCGACGCCGUUUCCUUUACCCUCGACAACAACCUGUACAUCCGACGUCUCAACGGCAAGAAGGAUGUUGUUCAGAUCACCAAGGACGGCGGCCCGGAGUACUUUUAUGGCAUCCCUGACUGGGUAUACGAGGAGGAGGUCUUUAGCGGGCGCGAGGCCACGUGGUGGUCCGAGGACGGCAAAUAUCUCUCUUUCCUCCGCACCAACGAGACUGGAGUCAAGGAGUUCCCGAUCGAGUACUUUGUCUCGCGCCCAAGCGGCAAGAAGCCCCCAAAGGGAGAAGAGGCGUACCCCGAAGUGCGGCAGAUCAAGUACCCCAAGCCUGGGUCACACAACCCUGUCGUCGACCUGCAAUUUUACGACGUCGCCAAGGCCGAGGUCUUCUCUGCGCCCGUCGACUCCGACUUUCCGGACGACAAUCGCAUCGUUAACAACGUUCUCUGGGCGGGCGGCAAUGUCAUUGUCAAGGAGACGAACCGCGUUGGCGACCACCUCAAGGUGAUUCUCGUCGAUGUCCGGACUCGCUCAGCCAAGACGAUCAAUGACAUUAACAUCGCCGAUAUUGACGGCGGCUGGUUUGAAAUCUCGCACAAGAUGACGUAUAUACCCGCCGACCCUGCCAACGGGCGACAGCAUGACGGUUACGUGGAUACCAUUAUCCACGACAACUUUGAGCACCUCGCGUACUACACGCCUGUGGACAACCCCAAGCCCAUCCUCCUGACGAAAGGCGAAUGGGAAGUGGAGAGCGCGCCGUCCGCUGUCGACCUCAAGAACAACCUCGUGUACUUUGUCGCCACUAAGGAGUCGUCGAUCCAGCGACACGUCUACGUCGUCAAACUUGACGGGUCGGGCCUGAAGCCGUUGACGGACACGUCUACCGAAGGAUACUACUCUGCCUCGUUCUCGUCGGGCGCUGGCUACGCUCUGCUCUCGUACAGAGGCCCCAAGAUCCCGUAUCAAAAGGUCAUCUCGACGCCCUCGAGCACCACAAAGUACGAGCGUGUCAUCGAGGACAACCACGAGCUGGCCGACCGCGCCAAGAAGCACGAGCUCCCCGUUCUCAAGUACGGCAAGAUCAAGGUCGCCGACGGCGUCGAGGUCAACUACGUGGAGCGCCGCCCGCCGCACUUCAACCCCAAGAAGAAGUACCCCGUGCUCUUCCAGCAGUACUCGGGCCCCAACUCGCAGACGGUGACCAAGAAGUUCGGCGUCGACUUCCAGUCCUACGUCGCCUCCAACCUCGGCUACCUAGUCGUGUCGGUCGACCCCCGCGGGACCGGCGGCCUCGGCCGCAAGCACCGCGUCGUGGUCCGCUCGCAGCUCGGCAUCCACGAGUCGCACGACCACAUCGCCGCCGCGCGCCACUUCGCCUCGCUCGACUACGUCGACCCGGACCGCCUCGCCAUCUGGGGCUGGUCCUACGGCGGCUUCACCACCCUCAAGACGCUCGAGCAGGACGCCGGCCGCACCUUUUCCUACGGCAUGGCCGUCGCCCCCGUCACCGACUGGCUCUUCUACGACAGCGUCUACACGGAGCGCUACAUGCGCCUCCCCGCCGACAACGCCGACGGCUACCGCGCCUCCAAGGUCUCCAACGCCACCGCCCUCGGCCAGAACAAGCGCUUCCUCGUCAUGCACGGCGCCUCCGACGACAACGUCCACUUCCAAAACUCCCUCACCCUGCUCGACGCCCUAGACCUCGCCGGCGUGGAAAACUACGACGUCCACGUCUUCCCCGACAGCGACCACGGCAUCUUUUUCCACGGCGCAAACCACAUCGUCUUUGACAAGCUCAGCAACUGGCUCGUCAACGCCUUCAAUGGCCAGUGGCUCAAGAUCUCGCAUCCAAAGCCCAACGACGAAAAGCGGGGGAAACGCGACAUUGGGGCGGGCGAAGGCCAGUUGACCGUGUCAGAAGGCACCGCAUAG